AAGCCUCCUGGCAGACACUGGAGCCACGAUGAAGCCCCCAGGGCCUGUCCAUACCUGCAGCAGAGUUCUGGUCCUGCUUUCACUGCUGGCCAUCCACCAGACCACCACCGCCCAAAAGAAUGAUAUCGACAUCUACAGCCUCACCGUGGACUCCAGGGUCUCGUCCCGAUUUGCCCACACGGUCGUCACCAGCCGAGUGGUCAAUAGGGCCAGUACUGUGCAGGAGGCCACCUUCCAGAUGGAGCUGCCCAAGAAAGCCUUCAUCACCAACUUCUCCAUGAUCAUCGAUGGCGUGACCUACCCAGGGAUCAUCAAGGAGAAGGCCAAAGCCCAGGCGCAGUACAGCGCAGCAGUGGCCAAGGGAAAGAACGCUGGACUUGUCAAGGCCACCGGGAGAAACAUGGAGCAGUUCCAGGUGUCAGUCAGUGUGGCUCCCAAUGCCAAGAUCACCUUUGAGCUGGUCUAUGAGGAACUGCUCAAGCGAUGUCUGGGGGUGUAUGAGCUGCUGCUGAAAGUGCGGCCCCAGCAGCUGGUCAAGCAUCUGCAGAUGGACAUUCAUAUCUUCGAGCCCCAGGGCAUCAGCUUCCUGGAGACAGAGAGCACCUUCAUGACCAACCAACUGGUAGACGCCCUCACCACCUCGCAGAAUAAGACCAAGGCUCACAUCCAGUUCAAGCCAACGCUCUCCCAGCAGCAAAAGUCCCCAGAGCAGCAAGAAACAGUCCUGGACGGCCACCUCAUCAUCCGCUAUGAUGUGGACCGGGCCGUCUCCGGGGGCACCAUUCAGAUCGAGAAUGGCUACUUUGUACACUACUUUGCCCCCGAGGGCCUAACCACAAUGCCCAAGAAUGUGGUCUUUGUCAUUGACAAGAGCGGCUCCAUGAGUGGCAGGAAAAUCCAACAGACCCGGGAAGCCCUAAUCAAGAUCCUGGAUGACCUCAGCCCCAGAGACCAGUUCAACCUCAUCGUCUUCAGUACAGAAGCAACUCAGUGGAGGCCAUCACUGGUGCCAGCCUCAGCUGAGAACGUGAACGAGGCCAGGAGCUUCGCUGCCGGCAUCCAGGCCCUGGGAGGGACCAACAUCAAUGAUGCGAUGCUGGUGGCUGUGCAGUUGCUGGACAACAGCAACCAGGAGGAGCGGCUGCCCGACGGGAGCGUCUCGCUCAUCAUCCUGCUCACCGAUGGCGACCCCACCGUGGGGGAGACUAACCCCAGGAGCAUCCAGAAAAAUGUGCGGGAAGCUGUAAGUGGCCGGUACAGCCUCUUCUGCUUGGGCUUCGGCUUCGACGUCAGCUAUGCCUUCCUAGAGAAGCUGGCACUGGACAACGGUGGCCUGGCCCGGCGCAUCCAUGAGGACUCGGACUCUGCCCUGCAGCUCCAGGACUUCUACCAGGAAGUGGCCAACCCACUGCUGACAGCAGUGACCUUCGAGUACCCAAGCAAUGCCGUGGAGGAGAUCACUCAGAACAACUUCCGGCUCCUCUUCAAGGGCUCAGAGAUGGUGGUGGCUGGGAAGCUCCAGGCCCAGGGGCCUGAUGUGCUCACAGCCACAGUCAGUGGGAAGCUGCCUACGCAGGACAUCACUUUUCAAACCGAGUCCAGCGUGGCAGAGCAGGAAGCGGAGUUCCAGAGCCCCAAGUAUAUCUUCCACAACUUCAUGGAGAGGCUCUGGGCAUACCUGACUAUCCAGCAGCUGCUGGAGCAGACUGUCUCCGCAUCUGACGCUGAUCAGCAGGCCCUCCGGACCCGAGCGCUGAAUUUAUCGCUUGCCUACAGCUUUGUCACACCUCUCACAUCUAUGGUAGUCACCAAACCCGAAGACCAAGAGCAGUCUCAAGUUGCUGAGAAGCCCGUGGAAGGCGAAAGUAGAAACAGGAACGUCCACUCAGUUGGAGCUGCUGGCUCCCUGCUGAAUUUCGGACCCGGGGUUCUCAGCUCGGGGCAACUUGGACCCCCAGGACCUCCUGAUGCUCCUGACCGUGCUGCUCUCCAUCCCUUCCGCCGUCUGGCCAUCUUGCCUGCUUCAGCACCACCAGCCACCUCAAAUCCUGAUCCAGCUGUGUCUCAUGUCACGAAUACCAAAAUCAAAGAAGCAACCGUGACAGCCCAAACCCCAGCCCCCAUACAGGCUCCCUCCGCCAUCCUGCCACUGCCUGGGCAAAGCGUGGAGCAGCUCUGUGUGGACCCCAGACAUCACCAGGGGCCAAUGAACCUGCUCUCAGACCCUGAGCAAGGGGUUGAGGUGACUGGCCAGUAUGAGAGGGAGAAGGCUGGGUUCUCAUGGAUCGAAGUGACCUUCAAGAACCCUCCGGUCCGGGUUCAUGCAUCCCCUGAACACGUGGUGGUAACUCGGAACCGAAGGAGCUCUGCGUACAAGUGGAAGGAGACGCUGUUCUCAGUGAUGCCCGGCCUGAAGAUGACCAUGGACAAGACGGGCCUCCUGCUGCUCAGUGACCCAGACAAAGUGACCAUCGGCCUGUUGUCCUGGGAUGGCCAUGGGGAGGGGCUCCGGCUGCUUCUGCGCGACACUGGCCGCUUCUCCAGCCAUGUUGGCGGGUCCCUUGGCCAGUUUUACCAGGAGGUGCUCUGGGGAUCUCCAGCAGCGUCAGAUGACAGUAGGCGCACGCUGAGGGUUCAGGGCAGUGACUACUCUGCCACCAGAGAGCGCAGGCUGGAUUACCAGGAGGGGCCCCCGGGAGUGGAGAUUUCCUGCUGGUCUGUGGAGCUGUAGUUCUGAUGGAAGGAGCUGUGUCCAGCCUGUACGCUUGGCUGCCCCCUUGCAACUGCAGGGCCGCUUCUGGGGCCUGGACCACCAUGGGGAGAAAAAGUCCCACUCAUUACAAAUAAAGAAAGGUGGUGUGAGCCCGGGAA